UUAUCAUAUGUAUAAGUGAGUUUCAGGAAGGGGCCGAACAAGUCAAAUCCCAUCAGAGCCAGGAGCAGGCAGUGACUUUCAGGGGGCUGGAAAGAGAGAGAAUAAAAGUGCAAGAAGACAGCGGAGCCUCAGACUGGCCGAGCCUUUGUGCUGGAGGUUUGGAGCAGUGUGCAGUGCCUACCCCACACCCUGCAUUCACCAGAGCCUUGGACUGUACCCCCCAGGACCCUCCAUCCACUUUCCAAGAACUUCUGCUGACUUUUCCGCAGGCGGGAUCCUGAGCUGGAAGGACUUUGCUCCCGGGGAUUUGUCAACACAGGAUAAAGUCAGCGGCUCCCUGUCAGUGAGUGAGAGGCAAGCUGGGCAGCCUGGACCUCAAGAAGAUCGUCUCCAGCAUGCAGAACUACAAGUAUGACAAGGCCAUGGUACCAGAGAGCAGGAAUGGGGGCAGCACCACUCUCAACAACAAUAAUGGCCCUGGCAACUGCAAGAAGAUCCUCCUCAUCUUCCUGGAUGUAUUCUGCCUCAUAGUCGCUUGUGCCCCGGCAGUCGUGACCAACUGUACAUCUGCCAUCUUACCCUACCAGAGGGGCUUUUUCUGCAGCGAUGAAAGCGUCAGAUAUGAGUUUAAGAAAAGCACAAUAUCAGUCCCAUUGCUUCUGGCACUGGGGGUGCUGGUGGCGCUGGUUUCUAUCAUUGUGGGCGAGUUCUUCCGGAUAUACUACUUGAAGGAGCGCUCAUAUUCGUUCAUCCAGAAUCCCUACGUCUCUGCAUUGUACAAGCAAGUCGGGUGCUUCGUAUUCGGCUGUGCGAUAAGUCAGUCUUUUACAGACAUUGCAAAGGUUUCCAUUGGACGUUUGCGCCCUCAUUUCAUAGAAGUUUGUGAUCCGGAUUUCACACAAAUCAACUGUUCUCUUGGAUACAUCCAGGAUUAUAAGUGCAGAGGUCUGGAGAGUAAAGUCAUUGAAGCCAGAAAGUCGUUCUUCUCCGGCCACGCCUCCUUCUCCAUGUAUACCAUGCUAUACUUGGUGUUUUACCUUCAGUCAAGAUUUACAUGGAGAGGAGCCCGGCUCCUACGCCCCCUGCUGCAGUUCACCCUCCUUAUGAUGGCCUUCUACACAGGGCUGUCCCGAGUCUCGGACCACAAGCAUCAUCCCUCCGACGUGCUGGCUGGUUUCGUGCAGGGAGCUUUGGUGGCUUAUUGCAUAGUGUUUUUCGUAUCAGACCUCUUCAAGACGCCGAAGAAACCCACGGUCACCCCUCCUCCUGUGAAGAAAGACUCUCUGUCACCUGUGGACAUCAUUGACCGAAAUAUUGUAUAAAACCACCGAAAACUGAUUGCAGAAGAACUUCUGACAGUGAAUUCAUUGACCUGCUGCUUUCCAAUCUCAUCAGACAGUAGAAUGUAGAGAAAGACUCUUUGACCCAACCAAACGGAGACUUAAAAAAGAAAAAAAAAAACAAUAAACAAUGUCUGCUAUGAGGCCUUUCGAUCACAACCUGGCAGAAGGUGGGGGAAGUUCAGACUAUUGGGCGGCCAAGUGAUGACAAGAAGCCAAGAUGGAAUUCCAGAUGUACAAUUGGUCUUUAUCUGUUCAUGUUUUAAUGAACAACCUAUUGUUCAUAAAUUUAUGAACUCCAAACUUUAUUUGAACAAAAGGGAGUUGUCUUUGACUAUAGAUAUUCUUGGCUCAUAGAAAAAAACUGAUUAUUAACGAUAGCACUAUAUAGAUCUAUAGCACUCAUAUGUAGUAAGACCAUAAGGGACUCAUGGUUGGGGAUGGUGUCUCCAUUAUUGGCCAUUCCCGAUGGACCUUCUUACAAAAAUAUAUAGAAAGAUAUAUAACAAAAGGUAUCAUUGACCCCAUCAAACCCGAGGCAGGCAUUCCUACCAAGGAGAUCAAAGUUGACACCCUUCCUGAAACUGUCUAGAAACCGGCAAGAACAGAACAUACCCAACACGGUUCUUGGCCAGAAGACUCUCAGAAGGUGGAAAACCAUUAGUGGCCUGUCUUGCUUGAGACUUUUUAAGCACUAUAGACUUUGGGUUUGAUACCCAACGUACAUGACCUAGAGCAGGGUACCGCUGGACGGUAUGCUAUCCUGAAUCAAUUGUAGUCUCUCCAGUCUCAUGGACGAUCAUUGAUAGAGUCAUGACAUUUCAUGCAACAAUCAUACAAACAAUAUGAAGUGUUUCAAACCGUCAAAAGUGAGUAAUUUAAGGCACAAAUAAACUUCUUUUUGUAACUUUUACUCCUUAAAUUUACCACAAUAUUAACACAAAAAAAUAAAAUCCGUCCUAUCAUUUCAACAAUAGCAAACAAGCUGAUUUUUUUUAUAUAUUAUAUAUUAUAUAAAUAAUGUAUAAAACAGUAAAGAAUUAACUAUGUAAAAUAUUUUUCAAAAAUAAAAAAAAACAAAAACAGAAUAAUUUUAGAUAUAUCCACUAUGAUCAUUAACGGUGUCUCGACCUGUGUUUUUAUUUUGCUGCUUAAAAAAGAAACAAGCAACAAUUUAAUUUUUUUUGUAUAGUCACCUAAAAUAUUGUUAGAUCUGUGGUAGUAAUUUCACUAUUAAAUAAAAGCAAUAACUAGUGGCAAUUGUAUAAAAUGAAAGAAAUUGUCAGUAUUUUUGUAAUGUUUCAUAUUGUAAAGAAAAGAAAAACGAAGAAAAAAAAGAAUAUUAUUCAAAUAUGUUUUGUAGAAUACUAUUAUUUUUUUCUUCAAAAAUUGCUGUAAAAAGAUGCUUUUUAAAUAAAAGCUCAUAUUGGAUAAUUAUUCUA